AUGAAAUGUGACAUCAGUACACAGACAAACGUGGCGUUUUACACAACUGAAAGAAUAGAAGGCGAAAAAGGUCUGGAAAAUUCAACAACUAUUUUCACUGUGACCUUUAACCCGACCUUGGCCUCCCGAACUGCCAUCGUCUCGGAUGAAACAUUCACCAUCUUUGCCAUGAUCGUGGAUGAGUGGAUGUGUUUAUUUCUUGCUCUCAUUGGCACCUUUAACAGCUUUGUCUGUAUCGUGGUCUUUGCUCGACAAGGUUUCAAAGACACGGUAAACAUUACCAUGACAACCAUUGCCUUCUGGGAAAUAAUGAAGUUAGCAUGCGCAAUCGGGGCAAGACUGUCUGGACCAAUCAAAUUAGUGGACCUAGCUUUGGGCACUUCCUGGAAGAACAUCUUUAUUGCCAACAUCAGCUACUUCCAUGGCAUCUGUGGCAACAUCUCCUACAUGAUGGCAGCUUACGUCGCUGUAGAACGAUCCGUGUGUGUCUGUUUUCCGUUUUGUGUCAAGCGAUAUUUUACUCCAAAAGUGACUUUUAUUAUCUGCGUUUCAAUCUCAGUCACCGUGUUCUUUUUGGUGGUGCCGAUUCUGUUGAUUUUUGAAAUCGUAUGGGUUUGUAAAGAGGAUUAUAGGUCAAUGGUUGCCGAAUUCCAGCAUAGUACAUUUUAUCAUCUUCACGGAGAUGUAUUUUUGAGCUAUUAUAAAGUGAUGGCAAUUCUCUUUCCUAUGACUAGCCUGUUCACAAUGGUCAUCUCUACUUGUGUCAUUACAUACCAGCUUCAGAGGUCAUCCAGGUUUCGACUCCAAGGGUUACCUGCUCGGAGUCUUCAAGAUGAUCCUGUCAAGAAAGUCAAAGAUAGGAGUUUCCCGAGACUAACGUCCAGGGACAGACAAAUCGUGAAGCAGCUUCUCGUGUUGAUCUUAGCCUACAUUACUAACUUAGUUCCGCGGUUUGUUCAUUUCCUGGCCUCCGUGUUAGUUCCCGAAUACUACGUGAUGAGGAUCUACAACAACAUCUUUUGGUGUGUGAUUUACUGCGUGUACGUCGUCGACUUCCUCAACUCCAGCUCCAUGUUGUUUAUCUACUUCUGCAUGAGCUCCAACUUCAGAGCAACAGCGACACGACUCUUUCAGUCUGCGUGUGUCACCAAGAACACCCUUAGGUCGUUCUCUGAGAAUGCUUGA